GCAAACUUUGCUCUCAACGAGGACGAAGGCGAUGAUGUAGAAUAUUUUGCGUAUCGUCGGAUUUCGGUUUUAGUUUGCAAGGGAUUUGACAAUAUCGCAUUUAUAGCUAUAUGUUGUAUUUUUAAAAAGGAAUAUCCAGAGGAAGUGUUCUACGAAAUUUCAAUUAUAUCGAUAUAAACUAUUAUUAAUUUGCAAGUGGUAGAUUUCCGUGUGUGUAGAUGAAGGACCCGCCAUCUUGGACUUUGUCGACGAACAAAGAAAUGCCAAUGGCCCACAUAGACGUCACGGGACUUGCUGAAUUAGCGCACAGAGAAUAUCAGGCAGGGGAUUAUGAAAAUUCUGAACAGCAUUGUAUGCAGUUAUGGAGACAAGAACCCGAAAAUACUGGAGUUUUAUUACUUCUCAGUUCUAUUCACUUCCAAUGUCGACGUUUAGAUAGGUCUGCCUAUUUCAGUCAAUUGGCAAUAAAACAGAAUCCUAUGUUAGCUGAGGCCUAUUCUAAUUUAGGCAAUGUUUAUAAAGAAAGAGGUCAACUUCAGGAAGCAUUAGAUAAUUAUAGACAUGCUGUGCGUUUGAAGCCAGAUUUUAUAGAUGGAUACAUCAACUUAGCUGCUGCCUUGGUAGCUGCAGGAGAUAUGGAACAUGCCGUCCAAGCUUAUGUGACAGCAUUGCAGUAUAACCCUGAUUUGUAUUGUGUGCGAAGUGAUCUUGGUAAUUUAUUGAAAGCAUUGGGAAGAUUGGAUGAAGCUAAGGCAUGUUAUUUAAAGUCAAUUGAAACUUGUCCAAACUUUGCUGUGGCAUGGAGUAACCUUGGCUGUGUCUUCAAUGCACAAGGAGAGAUAUGGUUGGCAAUUCACCACUUUGAAAAGGCUGUAGCUCUAGAUCCUAAUUUUCUAGAUGCGUAUAUCAAUUUAGGCAAUGUACUGAAAGAAGCCAGAAUAUUUGACAGGGCAGUUGCUGCUUACCUUAGAGCAUUGAAUCUCAGUCCUAAUCAUGCUGUGGUGCAUGGUAAUUUAGCAUGUGUUUACUAUGAACAAGGGUUAAUCGAUCUUGCUAUUGAUACAUAUAAAAGAGCUAUAGAAUUACAACCAAAUUUUCCUGAUGCCUAUUGUAACCUAGCUAAUGCCUUGAAAGAGAAAGGACAGGUGAAAGAAGCUGAAGAGUGCUAUAAUAAAGCGUUAUUAUUGAGUCCAACUCAUGCUGACUCUCUAAAUAACUUGGCCAAUAUAAAACGAGAACAGGGUCAUACAGAAUUGGCAGUAGAAUUAUAUUUAAAAGCACUGGAGGUGUAUCCAGAAUUUGCUGUCGCCCAUUCAAAUCUUGCCAGUGUAUUACAACAACAGGGAAAGCUUCAUGAAGCCUUACGCCAUUAUAAAGAAGCUAUUAGGAUAUCUCCUACAUUUGCUGAUGCUUAUUCUAAUAUGGGAAAUACUUUGAAAGAGAUGCAAGAUAUAAAAGGAGCAUUACAAUGUUAUACUAGAGCUAUAAAGAUUAAUCCUGCUUUUGCUGAUGCCCACAGUAAUUUAGCUUCUAUACACAAGGAUUCUGGUAAUAUACCUGAAGCUAUUGCAUCAUACAGAACAGCAUUAAAACUGAAACCUGAUUUCCCUGAUGCAUAUUGUAAUCUAGCCCAUUGUUUACAGAUUGUAUGUGAUUGGAAUGAUUAUAAUAAAAGAAUGAAGAGAUUGGUACAGAUUGUACAAGAUCAACUAGAGAAAAACCGUCUACCAUCAGUACAUCCACAUCAUAGUAUGUUAUAUCCUCUAACACAUAGUAUGAGAAAAGCAAUAGCUGCUAGACAUGCUAGUCUCUGUCUCGAAAAGAUUAAUGUAUUGCACAAACCAACCUAUCAGCAUCGAAAUGUAUUAGAGGGUCAAAGAUUAAAGAUUGGCUAUGUGAGUUCGGAUUUUGGUAAUCAUCCCACAUCUCACUUGAUGCAAAGUAUACCUGGUCAACAUGAUACAGAGAGAGUAGAAGUAUUCUGUUAUUCUCUAAGUCCUGAUGAUGGUACUACAUUCAGAGCUAAAUUAGCUAGAGAAGUUGAACAUUUCAUAGAUUUAUCACAGAUACCAUGUAAUGGUAAAGCAGCUGAUAAGAUAUAUUCUGAUGGUAUUGAUAUACUUAUUAACAUGAAUGGUUAUACAAAAGGUGCUAGAAAUGAACUGUUUGCACUAAGACCAGCUCCAAUUCAGGUAAUGUGGUUAGGUUAUCCAGGUAGUAGUGGAGCAUCUUUCAUGGAUUAUCUUAUAACUGACAGAAUUACAUCACCAUUAGCUCUUUGUGACCAGAACUCGGAGAAACAAGCAUUUAUGAAAGAUACUUUCUUUAUUGGUGAUCAUAAAAACAUGUUUCCACAUAUGAUAAAGAAACUGAUUGUAAAAUCUACUGAUGGUAUUAUAAGAGAUAAUAAUAUGUUAUUAAAUGGUGUUGAUCUUGAACCUAUUAGAAAAUUGGCUGUAAAUAUUGAGACGAUAAAAGUAACAUGUCUACAUGGUAGAACAAUUGAUGGACCGAAUGGUGAACAAGCUGAAGUAACAACAGAAAUUGUAGAAUUACCACCAGAAGUUCUCCUGGCUUUUGAGAGUUUAGUACAAGAAAAUCUAGCUGUUACAACAGUACAAGAUGUUACGAUACAGAAUGGUCUUACUACCAGUAAGACUGAUAAUAAAACAGCUACCGGUGAAGAAGUACCUCAGAAUAUUAUAUUAUCUUGUAGAAGUCAGUAUAAAUUACCAGAGAAUGCAGUCAUCUAUUGUAACUUUAAUCAAUUAUAUAAAAUAGAUCCAUCUACACUUGAGAUGUGGUUGGAAGUUUUAAAACAUGUUCCUGACAGUUACCUCUGGCUUCUUCGUUUCCCUGCUGUAGGUGAACCCAAUAUAAUUAGAUGGGCUCAAAAUCAGGGCAUAGCUGCUAACCGUUUUAUCUUCUCUAAUGUAGCACCUAAAGAGGAACAUGUACGACGUGGACAAUUAGCUGAUAUAUGUUUAGAUACACCUCUAUGUAAUGGACAUACAACGGGUAUGGAUAUAUUAUGGGCAGGAACACCAAUGGUUACACUACCAGGAGAAACUUUAGCAUCAAGAGUUGCUUCAUCGCAGUUAUUGGCAUUGGGUUGUCCAGAACUAGUAGCCAAAUCAAGAGAAGAUUAUGUUAAAAUUGCUGCACAUAUGGGAAAUAACCCAGAAUAUUUACAAGCUAUGAGAGCUAAAGUCUUUGUUGCUAGAACAAUGAGUCCAUUGUUUAACACCAAGAUAUAUGCCUCAAAUCUCGAGAAUUUAUUUGAUAAAAUGUGGACAAGCUUUGAAAAAGGACAAUCGCCUGAUCAUAUUGUAGGUGAUGAUGAUAGUUCCUCUGGCAAUAAUGAAGACUACGAUUUGUAAUAUAUUACCCCGAUUUGAGCAUUUAUUACCUAGUUAAAUGGAUAAUUUAACUGACAUGUUAUAACUAUUUUAUCACAAUAUCUAUAUCAAUGGAUUUGUUCAUUUAUAUUUGCGGCUUUGCAAACUUUUAUGCUUCUAUAUAAUAGAAAGGAAAUUAUUAAUCAUGCUUUGUUUGUGAUUGGAUUAAAAAGAUUGGAUUUUUUUUUGAGCAUUGUAAAAAUAAAUACACUGCUUUAUCACAGUUCAUUGUUAUUCACCUAUUAUUUUUUUUGUCAUUGCUGCAAGUUUUAGUGGUGGAAUUGUUAUUUAUUCUGUGGAAAUACACUUCCUGUUUAUUUAUUUUUCUUUCAGAAUUUUUAGAUAUGCACAUGUACUGUCAUUUAAUCACAUUCUGAUGGACAAUUUAAAAUUUGAAAACCGAUUAUUUUUUUAGUGUUCAUGUACAUAUUAACUGAAAGAUUUGAUUUGAAUUUGUACAUGUAUUUGAAAACUUGUAGUACAAAUGAUUUUAUCUGUGUUGAGAAAGUUAGUAUAUAUUGUACAUGUUGUUAAUUAUUAUCUUAAUGUGGUUAUUAAUUAUAAAUAUGUUUGAAAGUACAUGUGCAUAGGGUCAAAAUAUUUUAAUGUUGAUCUGACCUUUGUAAUCUGAUUUCUGGUAGUUAACCUUCAAAUAAAUUAUAAUGAAUGUUUUAA